AGUGCUGUACGCGCAGUCGUAUUACCGAUUCUGUCCGCCAUUUUACGUUCAGCUCCGGAACGAUAAAACGGUGAGCUGGUUAAAUUUGUGACAGGCUCGUUUUAGUAUUUUUAUGUUACUAUUUGAAACCGGAUUACUUACUAAAAUACAGAAACAAAAAAAGCAGAAAAAAUACGUAUCAAAGAAGGUCUCUGUUCCGGAAUGCCUAAAGGCUGUUACCAGGAGGCGAAGGAGUGAUUUCUGCUGACCAGGCACCGAAAGUCCUGCAGAGGGAAGAAAGUGCAGUACGAUGGCAAGAAGAGUUCCCUUUCUUUCUGACUUGGAUUUUCGGUUAGAAGAAUGGACAGUGCAGAGGGGGAAAAGAGUGAAAGUUUAAUUGGAGUACAUGCAGAAAUCUGGAAGCUCAGUUGCACUCAGCGGGGGCUUACUGCUAAGGCAGUGGAGGCAGACUUGAUGGAAGCAGAGACAAAUGAAGCCAUUGUGGAAGAAGCAGAAACCUUUGCUAAAGGAAGAGACCGUAAAACCUAUCAGAGACGCCGAGAAGGGGGUCCAGAAGAUGAUUUAGUUGCUGGAUCACAUAUUCAGGCAGACUGUACUGAUGCAACUCAGGAUGUUAACAGUAAUGUACAGAUGGUUAUGAUGGAGCAGUUGGACCCUACACUUUUACAGAUGAAGACUGAAGUAAUGGAUGGUACAAUCCCUCAUGAUGAUGAUGGGACUGUGGAUGACACACAGAUUAUCACACUUCAGGUGGUUAAUAUGGAAGAGCAGUCUAUAAACCUUGGAGAGCUACAACUUGUGCAAGUUCCAGUUACUGUACCUGUAACAGCAGCUACUGUGGAGGGACUCCAUGCAGCCUAUGAAAGUCAGAUACCAAAAGAUGGCUUACAAGAGGGGGAGCCCAUGAUUUGUCAUACGCUUCCCUUACCGGAAGGCUUUCAGGUAGUUAAAGUUGGUGCUAAUGGUGAGGUAGAAACACUGGAACAAGCUGAACUCCAGCCGCAGGAAGAACAGACUUGGCAAAAAGAUCCUGACUAUCAGCCACCCGUGAAAAAGAUAAAGAAAGCCAAAAAGAGUAAACUGAGGUACACUGAAGAGGGCAAAGAUGUAGAUGUUUCUGUGUACGAUUUUGAGGAGGAGCAGCAGGAAGGUUUGCUUUCUGACGUUAAUGCAGAAAAAGUGGUUGGGAACAUGAAGCCUCCAAAACCAACAAAAAUUAAAAAGAAAGGUGUGAAGAAGACAUUCCAGUGUGAGCUUUGCAGCUAUACUUGUCCGCGACGUUCAAAUCUGGAUCGUCAUAUGAAGAGCCACACUGAUGAGAGGCCUCAUAAGUGUCACCUUUGUGGGAGAGCAUUCAGAACAGUUACACUUUUGCGAAACCAUCUCAAUACUCACACAGGUACCAGACCUCACAAAUGUCCGGACUGUGACAUGGCCUUUGUAACCAGUGGAGAACUGGUACGACAUCGUCGUUACAAGCACACACAUGAAAAACCUUUUAAGUGCUCAAUGUGUGAUUAUGCUAGUGUGGAGGUUAGCAAGUUGAAACGCCACAUUCGCUCCCACACUGGGGAGCGCCCGUUCCAGUGCAGUUUAUGUAGUUAUGCCAGCAGAGAUACCUACAAACUGAAGAGGCACAUGAGAACCCAUUCAGGUGAAAAGCCCUAUGAAUGUUACAUCUGUCAUGCUCGAUUCACCCAAAGUGGUACGAUGAAAAUGCAUAUUCUGCAGAAGCACACAGAAAAUGUAGCUAAAUUUCAUUGUCCGCACUGUGAUACUGUUAUUGCAAGAAAGAGUGACUUGGGUGUUCAUCUUCGAAAACAACAUUCCUAUAUUGAACAGGGCAAAAAGUGUCGUUACUGUGAUGCUGUGUUUCAUGAGCGGUAUGCUCUUAUUCAGCAUCAGAAGUCUCACAAAAACGAGAAACGCUUCAAGUGUGACCAGUGUGAUUAUGCCUGCAGACAGGAGCGUCAUAUGAUAAUGCACAAGCGAACGCAUACUGGAGAGAAGCCUUAUGCAUGUAGUCAUUGUGACAAAACUUUCCGGCAGAAGCAGCUACUUGACAUGCAUUUCAAACGGUACCAUGACCCUAAUUUUGUCCCUGCUGCCUUUGUUUGCACGAAAUGUGAGAAAACAUUCACUCGCAGGAACACAAUGGCAAGGCAUGCUGAAAACUGUACUGGUCCAGAAGCUGUGACAGGUGAACAUGGGGAAAGUAGAAAGGGGAAGCGAGGACGAAAAAGGAAGAUGCGUACUAAGAAAGAUGAUUCAUCUGACAGUGAAGAAAAUGCAGAGCCUGAGCUGGAGGAUGAUAAUGAUGAUGAUUUGGAGACUGAGAUAGAUGGAGAUGAUGAGACACCAAUAGAAAUUGAUACCCAAACAGCAAUACAUCAAGAAAUACCAAUAACACCACCACCACCUGCUAAGAAGCGAAGGGGAAGACCACCUGGUAAAGCUAAUCAACCAAAAAUAUCCCAACCUGCAGCGAUAAUUCAGGUUGAAGACCAAAACACGGGUGCAAUUGAAAACAUCAUAGUAGAAGUAAAGAAAGAGCCUGGCAUGGAACAUGGAGCUAUCUUAGAAGACCAUGUGCAGUCCACUAUAGUUGAAGCUCCAAAUGGAGACCUUACCCCUGAGAUGAUCCUCAGUAUGAUGGAUCGAUGAUGGAAGAACAUUUACUUUGGUUAUUAAAGUGAACUAGAAUGAUUUGGGCUGUGUUUAAGCUGCCCAAGUGGUACAUUUGCUUAUUGCUUUGGUGACUGCUUUUGUAUGACCAUUCUACCAUCAAAGUACAAGGAAACAAGCGUAUGAAAUCAUGUAGGAUGCGAUUCACAUAGUACUUAAAAAUUAUUUGUUCACCUGAAAUCACUGAACACCAGUACUAUUCCUAAAAGGGAUUGAAUUUCUUUCUACUUCAGAGUUUCCUUUGAGAUGCUUUGUGUAUAAUGCUACCUUCGUGUGAUGGGAAAAAUCUUCGACUACCGGCAUUUUGUUUGUUUGUAUGUGUGUAUGUAUAUAGAAAUAUAUAUAUGUAUAAAUAAACCAGCAGUGUAAUUUACAUUCUGCAGGAGAAGGUAUAAAUAUGAAAUUUCUUAAAGUUAUAUUUCUUGGCUCAGUUACAGGGCAUCACUUAAAAUGAUUUCCUCUUUUGUGAAUGAAUAUUUUAGUUUAACCAAGUUGAACAUAAUGUAAUGAUACUUUAUCUGCUAAUACUGAUUUUGUGCAGAGCAUCUCUACUGGUCAAGCUUGUAAAUGUAAAUAACUUUUUUACUAUGUAAUCUUUUUCUAGUAAUAUACUGUAAAAUGCAGAACAAUAGCAUUUUAAAUGUAGCUGCAGGACUUUUUUCAAUUAAGUUGCCACAAAUUGUAUAGUGAGUCAGUGCAGAAAAAAUGCUUUCAGAUCAUGUAGAGCAAAACUGAGCAUCUGACAAAAUGCAAGAAAGAUUAGGAUUUCUUUUUUCAAAUACACUGUCAAAGACCAUCAGUUUGGGUUCAGGCAUUCUUAAGUCUCCUUUUUGUAACUGUUUUAUCAUUGUAUAGGAGUCAGCAAAGGGGGUUCUAAAUGCUUAUGACCCCUUCAGACUAGGCUAGGAAGUUUUAAAUAGGUCAGUGGCAUUUAGUUUAAUGCGAACCAAGACAGAAACUGUUAAUGGUUGUAAAUUAAUUUGUCACUUGUAAGGUUUUAUGAUACAUCAUUCUUGCAGAUUUCAAGUUUCAUCUCUGUAUUGCUUUUAAACUGCCUUUUUGUUAAGGUAUCAAAUUAUAGGUUGAUGCAUUUUUGUACUUGGCUGUACUGUUUGGAAUUCUUCAAAGUAAGCCAAUUAAGAAAUUGGCUGUAAAAUAUAUAAUUGGACAUUUAAAGGUGGGAAGAAUAUAGUACUGUACAGCUAAUAAAAAAUGACCCUUACUUGA